GCCUUUUUCUGAUCAUUGUUAUCGUAAUAGUUAGAAGAGAGAGAGGGGAAGAAAAAAAAGAGUUUUUUUUUUUUUAGCCCCAUUUCCUCUCUUUUUUGUCUCUCUCUCUAUUCCUCUAGUCUCCUACUAUAUACCCUAUACUUUUUUACUUACUAGUUACUACUACAACUGCUGCCCAAAAGCCAAACAUAGUCGUUUUCAUUUCAGGCCCUUCAAAUUCCCCCUCUCUCUCUCUCUCUCUCUCCCUCUCUAGAAAGGAGAGAGAGAACUAGUUACAUACUAAGGCCUUGUUUGUUGUUGUUGUUCCGUCUCCACCAUGGCCGAGUUUCCUCCAAAUCUUGACGACGGUGAGCUUUGGCUUCCCUCUGAUAUCUUCCUCAACGAGGUGCCUUCCAAACGCGGCCUUCGUCACCAUUUCCCUUCUUGCAUGGAGGACCUUCUUGCCCAACGCCUCGCCGCUCUCUCUUUGCUCAGACAGAGAAACCUCUCAAAGCCUAACCCAGAGCGGUUCGGACCGGUUCCGGUUCAGGUUCGGUGCUUCCUCGAAAACUAUUCCUCGCAGGAGUAUGGCUGUCACCGGCUUUGUGGGUGUAAGUCUAAGCUGGUUCCGAAACCGGUCUAUGGCGGUUCUGAGGGUUUUUACGAGUUUCAACUACGAAAACCGGUUCAACCCCAGGCUGAUGAUGUUGUACUGGAAACUAGGGCUAGGGUUCUUCAGAAGCAACAAAACCGCCUUCAGAACCGCCCUUUGCCUUCUCAAGGGAGAAGCGGUUUUGUGGAUGGUGGUUUUCCGAGGGUCUCUGGUGGAACAGGCGUCUUCCAUCCCCGGGUUUUGAAUACCGCCAAUAUUGCCCCUAAUACCACCACCACUUCUUCCUCAGCUUUUGUCAAAAAGAAACAAGUUUUGAGAAAUAGGCAAGAAAUUCCAGUCCCUAAUUCUCAGAGGAAUUCCAUCACAAGCCUGGGUGGUGUGAACAAGGAUUUGCAUUAUCAUCAGCUUCCUCCUGAUAUGGGCUUGCCUAAAGAUUGGACUUAUUAAACUCUUCUCUGCUGUAAAGUUGUGUCGUUUCUUCAAAAGACAAGUAGAAUAAGAGGCUCAAGAGAGAGAAGAGAAUAGGUCAAAUUAGUGUUUUUGGGUUAUGUGCAGUUGAUCAAAAAAAUAGGAAAUUGC